GUUUAUUGCUGCGCAGCUGGCACCAAAUAAUCAAUCGUUACGCAAAUAGUGUUCUUUAAGACUGUAUAUAUAUAUAAAAAUCAACUCAUUUCAUACUCAUUCUUCAAUUGUUCUGUGACCAGGAUAGUCAAAAGCUAAAGCUCUUGUAAUGGUCAAUGCCAAAUUUUGGUGGUAGCUCAAACGGAACACUGAGAAUGGCAGGCAUGAAGAUGAGUUUUGAGAAGCUGCUUGCUGAUGCCCGUUUGCUUGUAACACGACUAAAAGAUCAUGAUUCUUUAGCCAAUACAUUAAUGGAAAGUACCAAUGCCCUGCAUAAUCAGAUUGAUGCUAUGAAAAGGUAUCAUGACGGUAUAACUGAGCUGAAUGAAAUAGCUCGUCAUCGACCACGAUCCACUUUAGUUCUAGAAAUAGCACAGGAAAACCGACAGAUUCGUGACCUACAGCAUGAAAAUCAGGAACUGCGGCUGUGUCUUGAAGAGCACCAAAGUGCCCUGGAACUAAUAAUGCAGAAGUACCGGGAACAAGUGGUUCAACUCAUACAGAGCAACCAGUUUGAGAAAUCAAUCUCUAGAAGCAGUGAGCAAGGAACGGAUAAUGUUCAAAUGAUUGACAAAAUCUGUGAAAUGGCUGCUGUGAUGCAAAAAGCUGUAGCAGUGGAUGACACAGCCGUGUCUAAAGUACAGGAAAGGCUGACUCAGCUAGAAAUUGAAAACCGUGGCUUACGAGAAAUGCUAGAGAUCUGCUCGACAACCAAACAUCGCAUUCUCGAGGAGCAGAACCAGGUCAACUCCUUAGGAAAUGAUGACUCAGAUAGGGCCACGCCAACGAAACAACUGUGAUACAUAUAAAUUAAUUAAAUGGAACAACAGGACUUGUUGGAACGGGGUGUGUGAAAACCUUUGAAUUGAGGGUGUGUAUAUGUAUGCAUGUACAUGAAGAUUUAAGAAAGAAAAAAAAAAGGAAAAUAAAAAUUUAAAUAAAAACAAAAAUAAAAAAA